AUGCCAAAGGUUGCUAUUAUCAUUUACACUUUAUACGGUCACGUUGCCAUCACUGCCGAAGCUGAAAAGAGAGGUAUUGAAGCUGCUGGUGGUCAUGCUGACAUCUUCCAAGUUGCUGAAACUUUAUCCCCAGAAGUCGUUAAGGCUUUAGGUGGUCAACCAAAGCCAGACUACCCAAUUGCUUCUUCUGAAACUUUGCAACAAUACGAUGCUUUCUUGUUUGGUAUCCCAACCAGAUUCGGUAACUUCCCAGGUCAAUGGAAGGCUUUCUGGGAUCACACUGGUGGUCUAUGGGCUAAGGGUGCUUUGCAUGGUAAGCCAGCUGGUAUCUUCGUUUCUACCGGUACUGGUGGUGGUAACGAAUCUACUGCUAUGAAUGCUUUGUCUACCUUGGUUCACCACGGUAUGAUCUACAUUCCAUUGGGUUACAAGAACGCUUUCGCUGAAUUGUCUAACAUCCAAGAAGUUCACGGUGGUUCUCCAUGGGGUGCUGGUACUUUGGCUGGUGCUGAUGGUUCCAGACAACCAACCAAGUUGGAAUUGUCUAUUCACGAAACUCAAGGUAAGACUUUUUACGAAACCAUCCAAAGAUUUUAA